AUGGCGAAGAAAAGAGCUAGAGAAGCCGACGGCCUCCAAGAUGCGGCCGUCGACUCCAACGUUGAUAAGAUGGAUGAGGAUGACAGCUCUGAUGAUGAUGAUUUCGAUAUUGUCAAUGUCGACUUCGAGUGGUUCAAUUUUGAUCCCGAUAUCGACUUCCAUGGUGUCAAGACUCUUCUAAGACAGCUCUUUGAUGUUGAUUCCCAACUCCUCGACCUGUCCGGUCUCACCGACUUGAUAGUCGAGCAACGCACCAUCGGAUCGACGGUCAAGGUCGACGACAAAGCCAGCGACGCUUACGCCUUCUUGACUGCUCUCAAUCUUGCUGAACAUGCUGAAAAGAAGCCCGUAGCCGAGCUUCUUCUGUAUUUGGCAGAGAAGGCCAAGUCAAACGACGCUCUCUCACCAGUGUCGGAUCUUCUCGCCUCGAGGGCCCACGUCGGCCUCAUCCUUUCCGAGAGGUUGAUAAACAUGCCGUCGGAGAUAGCGCCGCCAAUGUACUCCAUGCUCGCCGAUGAGGUCGAGGCUGCCGUUGAAGACAAGGAGCCCUACGAAUUCUCACACUACUUGAUAGUCUCCAAAACCUAUAAUGAGGUCGCAUCGAAUCUGGACCAGAGCGAAAGGAAGAAGAAGAAGGCCAAGGACGAGUCACCGCUGUUCUACUUCCAUCCCGAAGACGAGGUGCUCCAGAAACAUGCAGUCGCUUAUGGCGGCUUCCAGUAUAGCAAAGAUGAAGAGUCCGUGGCCGACAGCAAAAGGGCGUUCCAGGAGAUGGGGGUAAAGUCAAGUGGAUUCAUGAUUCUGAUUGAGGCUGGCAAGUUCAGGGUCGCAGUGAAGGCCAUUGGCGACUACAUGAGCCCCUCGGCCUGA